AUGGUCUUCCACAGACACGCACCGUGGUUUACACCUCCGCGCUCAAGACCUCGGCUCGGAGAAAAAGACAGAGACUUGAGCGCAGCCACGAAGCGGAGCGACGAGAGGCGUCGGUGUCGACGGACUUCAGCGGGGAGCCCCCGCCCCCCCACCCCAGCAUCCAGGACGGACGGCAGCAGGCAGCCCCAGCGUGGCGGGGCCCCCCCCGCGCAGCAGGAUGCCGGGUCCGCGGCGGGCCCGGCCCUGGUCUGGCUGCAGGACGCGGUGGCCCUGGCCGUGCUGCGAGCCCGGAGGACCCUGCUGCAGGCCGCCAUCCUGCUCUGCGUCCUCGUGCUCCUGCUCUGGGUCGCCAUCUUCCUCUACGGAAGCUUUUACUACUCCUACAUGCCCACCGCCAGAUUUUCCACCCCGGUACACUACUACUACAGGACAGACUGUGACCCCUCCAGCUCAUACCUCUGCUCCUUUCCCCUGGCGAACGUCUCCCUACUGAGGAACGGCCGAGACCAGGUGAUGGUCUACGGGCAGCCCUAUCGGAUCUCUCUGGAGCUGGAGAUGCCCGAGUCGCCAGCCAAUCAGGAGCUAGGGAUGUUCAUGAUCAGGAUGUCCUGUUACAGGAAGGAGGGUCACGUCAUCUCCGCCAUUUCUCGCUCCGCCAUGCUGCAUUACCGCUCCAAGCUGCUGCAGACCCUGGACACGGUGCUGUUCUCGCCCCUCCUGCUGGCUGGAGUGUCACAGCAAAAGCAGCUGGUGGAGGUGGAGCUCUACUCCGCCUACAGGGAGAACUCUUACCAGCCAACCGUGGGGGCAGUGAUUGAGGUCCAGUCUCGCCGAAUACAGAUCUACUCCGCUGAGCUGCGGAUCCAUGCUCACUUCACUGGCAUUAGGUACUUCCUCUUUAACUUCCCCCUGUUGUCGGCGAUAGCGGGCAUCACCAGUAACUUUGCCUUCCUGAGCGUGCUGGUGCUCUUCAGUUACCUGCAGUUUGUCUGGGGGGGGAUUUGGCCGUCUGAGCAGGUCAGAUUCAGGGUUGCGGUGGGGGAUGGGACUCGCCCACAGUCCAGGAGGGAAGAGGGCAGAAGACGCCUCAGCCAGAAGACCAGAAAUGACAGCACUACGAACUCUGUACAAGAAUCUGAUUCUGAAGCGUUUACUCCACAGAGGAAAGCUGAGCUGGAGACAGAGCUCCCAGAAUCCAUGAGUUCUCUGAAUGGAUGGUCUGGUGCACAGGACAAUGCCACAGAACUGGAUUCAUCCGCUGAGCAGCCUCCCGUUCUGAUCAGGGCCUCUGAUGUUCUGGAGGGCGGUGUGAGUGAGGAGGAGGCCGACCCUGAAGACGUGGCAGAUAAAGAAGGCGCCGAGGGGACUCUGGAGAAAGCACAGACCUCAGAGUCUGUCCUGCGCCAGCGCCACGGGGCCUGUAUGAGCUCCUGAACGGGGCUCCUGAACGGGCUCCUGAACGGGGCUCCUGAACGAGCUGGCAAUACAGACAGUAUCUGUACACAAGCAAUACACCCACACACACCCACACACCCACACACACACAGACACACAGACACGCACACACACACACACACACCCACACAUACACACACACACACACACACAGACACGCACACACACACACACACACGCACACACACACACAUACACACACAGAGACUCACAUACACACACACACACACACACACACACACGCAUGUUAAUGCAAAUAUUUAAUCAUGUGGCAGCAACUAAAUGCAUAAAAGCAUGCAGAUAUGGUCAAGAGGUUCAGCUGUUUUUCAAACCAAAUGUCCGAAUGGGGAAGAAAUGUGAUCGAAGUUACAGUGGUAUACAGAAGAGCAUCUCUGAACACACAACACAUCAAAAACACUUAAGUGGACAGGCUACAGCGGCAGAAGACUUAAGUCUAAAACAUAACUCUAAUAAAUACCUAAUAAAGUGAGUGUAUAUACACACAGCCAUGUACACACCUCUACACAGGCCUUUUCGAUUGUCCUGUUCUUGCCAAAAGAUGAUCCAUACUGUAGAAACCUUACUUUAUAAAGCAUAAGUAAUUUUUUGAAUGGGGACUGGCAUGUCCUAUUUAAGUGCUUAUUAUAGUCCUUGGUAGGGUACACUUACCACGCACAUACACAAAUAUAGAACACGCAGCUACACAUAUUGUAUCUACAGGCAAGCACACUCACCACAUGUACAACACUAAAGUACAAGCACACAAUUUGGUAAGCUUAAAGACAAUCUGGUACCUUGCUGUCUCAGUGUGUCUCAGUAUUGCACACUUCAAAAAGUAUAAAGUACAAAGCAGCUUAAAUUUUAAAUUUAUUAAAUAAGUUACCAAAAAAAGUGUUUGAUUUCAACAAACACAUAUUACAGGGAAGGGAUCAAUGCUUUAAGAGGCUUCAUGUCUAUAUUUCUGUUAUAACCCGAUAACCAUAUCAAUUUCAGAUGUAUUGUUUUACAUAUAUACUGGCCAGGUGUAAUAUCCUGCAGGCUUUACUUUUACUGAUAUGAUUAAUAUUUUUUGAAAUGUUUUUUUUCAUGUUGAAAGAGAAAAAAGAAAACUUAACAACAUGGUUAUGAAUAUUUUCAUGCAAUACUGGGUUUUGGUAAAUUGUUUGGGUUUGAAUAUAUUAUUUGUAUGGUAUGUAAUCUAAGGCUUAAUACAAAUCAUUUAACUAGCUUAAUUUUGGCCAAAAUAAGCCUUAAAAACACAUUGGGAAAAGUGUUUUGGUCAAGUGCCAAAGGGUUUUGACAGUGGAGGAGAGUCUGUUGUGGGUAGAUAGUGCGGUGUGGUUGGGUUUUUUGGAAUGAACAGGGUACUGUAAUGCAUCGCAAGGUUUGCACUCAAAGGUGGAACUGCAGACUGUUGUGGAAGAACAUCCAACAUUUGCAGAAAACGUUGAAAUAUUGUCUUAAAUGUUCCAUGUUUAACUAAAGGUCAAAUUAUUAUUAUUUGUUCAAGCUUGACUAAGGAAGCUGUGCAUUGGUGUAAAACCUAAAACAUUUAUUUUGUUUUACUUCAUGUUUCAGUGUAAUAUUAUAGCUUUUAUUAAAUAAAUAUGAAUACCAGUUUUUCUGUUUUAAUUCA